AUGGAUUCUUUAACCAGCAAUCAAUACUUCUCUUAUGGAAAAGAACAACAUUCAUUUAAUAAUAAUAAUAUAUUAUAUCUGUUACAAGACCACAUGAGGUGCUGAUAAAUCAGGAAACGUAAUUGAUCCUGCAUAAAGUUUGUUACUUUAGACGUGGAACGUUCACAUUCCAUUCUUCAUCAAUACGGAGGCUUUGUAGGACAGUAAACAAAUAUUUCCUCAGAUGUGAUGGACUACUUACCUCAAGUGGUGACUUUGUUUUCAUCAGUUCUUGUAGACGCAGAAUAUUGCUUGUAUUAUACGAAAUCCUUGGCUUGGACCAGUUUCUUGUCAGAUGAGAACAAGACAUCUCUCUCCCCACGAUACAAAACUAAAUCGUUCUCUGUCUACUGUAGCUAUGGCGAGUACUGUUGUGGAAGAGUCUGUUGUAGGAACCAAAGUAACAACAAUUAUUAUAUCAGCACUUAUUACGACGAAAAUCACUACAUGACCUCGGAGGAUGACGGACUGUCCACUGGUGGCACAUUUGGUUUAGUAUUCGCUUUGGUUGUCGCAAUUUCAGUCUGUGCAUUAUGUUGCAAUGUUUGCUGCAAACAAAACGGAAGUGGAGAUUCACCUUUUCCUAUCAGACAUGUGCCGACCAUUGCUGCUUAUUCUUCAAACAGUGGAACAGUGGUCAUACAACAAACACCUGCACGUAACGAAAAUCUUAUCAGGUCAACAGCUACCUCAGGAAUAGAAAGUAGACCAGAACAGUCUUCUCCAUCCACUAGGCGAAUGUGUAGUCAUACAAAUUCUCCCUCAUAUGAAAUUCAAACAUCUCGAAUUCCAAUAGAUUCAAAUGACUAUGCACAGUGUUUAGAUUUUACAGCUCCCCCACCAUCCUAUGAUGACGUCAUUUCACAAAAUUAUCCAAUUUUGAGUGAAAGUGAAACUUGGAAAACUGAGUCAGUUGACAUUAAUUCUCAUAGAUAAUGUUUAUUUGCCGCAGGGUUUUUAAUUAGUUUUUUUUGUGUGUGUAAAAACACAAUAAUGAAAAGGUUUCGAUAUGAUGGAGAUUACCCCCCCCCUUUUUUUUUUGCUCCUUAAAAUUUUUUUGUAUUUAAGUUAAUUUUUAGAAAAUACAAAUUUGUGUCAAAACACUCUUCAAAAUUGAAUAUUUGUAUAAAAAGACUUAGAGGAUAUUCAUUCCAAUUUUUUAUUGAAUUUUGAACAUAUUUCUCAAUCAGUUAUUUAAAUAAAUCUAGUUAAGUCCAUGCUUGAGGCAUUUUAAAAUUAAAUGCACCUUACAUACUUCCUAUAAUUAUUGAAAAAUAUACCUUGAAUAUCUGGUAAAAGAAAUGAAAUUGAGACAUGUAUAUUUCAAAAAUAUAUCGUUUAUUGUGCAUCACUGGCUCAAAUUUCUUAAUUUUUUAUCAUUUGGAAAAAAUUAUAGUUGAGAUCCAAUUAUAUGCAAUGCAGUUAUGAUAAACACAUGUAUGCCUAUUUAUUAAAAUA